AUGUGUCACCCAGCACCCACGGCCACCAUGUGUCACCCACGGCCACCAUGUGUCACCCACGGCCACCAUGUGUCACCCACGGCCACCAUGUGUCACCCACGGCCACCAUGUGUCACCCACGGCCACCAUGUGUCACCCACGGCCUCCAUGUGUCACCCACGGCCACCAUGUGUCACCCACGGCCUCCAUGUGUCACCCACGGCCACCAUGUGUCACCCACGGCCUCCAUGUGUCACCCACGGCCACCAUGUGUCACCCACGGCCACCAUGUGUCACCCACGGCCUCCAUGUGUCACCCACGGCCUCCAUGUGUCACCCACGGCCUCCAUGUGUCACCCAGCACCCACGGCCUCCAUGUGUCACCCACGGCCUCCAUGUGUCACCCACGGCCACCAUGUGUCACCCAGCACCCACGGCCACCAUGUGUCACCCAGCACCCACGGCCUCCAUGUGUCACCCAGCACCCACGGCCUCCAUGUGUCACCCAGCACCCACGGCCACCAUGUGUCACCCAGCACCCACGGCCACCAUGUGUCACCCAGCACCCACGGCCUCCAUGUGUCCCACGGCCUCCAUGUGUCACCCACGGCCACCAUGUGUCACCCAGCACCCACGGCCACCAUGUGUUACCCACGGCCUCCAUGUGUCACCCAGCACCCACGGCCACCAUGUGUCACCCAGCACCCACGGCCACCAUGUGUCACCCACGGCCACCAUGUGAGUGACAGACAAUGA